AUGGAUGUUAGACCUUGUGUGUUCUGUGGUUCUCAAGCAGAUAGCUUAUUUCAUCUGUUCUCCGACUGCCAGUUUGCUCAUUCUGUUUUCUCUAUCCUAAAGCACAAGUUGGAUAUUUCAUUUAGAUUUUAUGAUCAAUGGCAUAUUGGAUCUUGGCAUAGGGAAGGAUUCGAUUUGGGUAAACAAUCUUGUUUAACCCUUAGAGCCCUUAUUGCUUAUGCCUUUUGGAUGAUCUGGAAGGCCCGCAAUGAUGUCCUCUUUAGUGGUAAACUGGUUGCCCCUUGCAGCGUAUUCUGCAAGGUGGUAGCAUGUGUUGCUACACAUUCUGUUCGGAUCCCGCCUGAGAGCACCCCCGGCCCUCCUAACCAGAUUUUGGUUGUGUGGAGCCCGCCGAAUGUGGGUUGGUGUAAAUUGAAUGUGGAUGGAGCUUAUUGUAAGGAUUCUGGUCUAGGGGGUACGGGUUAUUUAAUCCAAAAUGACGCUGGUGAGUGUCUUGCUGCAGGGUGCAGGUUUUUGGAGAACAAGGACAGUCUUUAUGCGGAGAUGUUUGUCGUACUGGAGGGCCUUCGGCAUACUGCUGAUGAAGGGGUGAAAUCUAUUGUUGUUAGUCGGACUCGGCUAUCAUCAUCAAAACCCUCAACAAGGGAUCCCAACCACCUAGGAACCUAA